CAGUGUGGUGAGUUACCCUACACGUCGGGGCGGUGUUUGUUCUUGCACCUGGAUAUAUAAAACUCGUAUACAUAUUCAGUAUACGGAUAAAGUGGAUACUAAUCGGUACUUUAGUGUUAUUGUAGUGUAGUACUGUGGAUAGUCGUAGGUGAAGGGGUACGCAGCGCUACGUCUUUACCAAAGACAUCGUGAUGAGGUGGCGCUGACCUCACGUGACCUCCCUCUCCCUGAUCUGACCCUCCCGGCACCACCAUGGAGUACGAAAAGGGCGACCUGGUGUGGUUUGACCCCGGGCUGGGCUACGUCCUGCCCGGCGAGGUCAUGGAGUUCCACAGAGCAGGUCAAGUCAUCACUGUCCAAGCUGUCAUAGGAGGCAAGUCGCAGGUGUUCACGCUCACCAACCUCUCGUCAGUCCGGCGGCGUCAGGACCUGGGACCCACCGGCGUUGAGGACAUGAUCUGUCUCUCGGAUCUGAACGAGGCGUCGCUGUUGUGGAACCUCAAGAUCAGAUAUGACAAGGAAAUGAUAUACACAUACACGGGCAGCAUCCUGGUGGCGGUCAACCCCUACAGAAUGUUCGACAUCUACGGGCUGGACACUGUCAAGAAGUACGAGGGUCAGAUCCUGGGCACCUUACCCCCACACAUCUUUGCCAUCGGGUCAGCAGCGUACUCCCGGAUGAGCAAGGACUCGACAAAUCAGUGUGUAGUGAUCUCCGGUGAGUCCGGCGCGGGCAAAACGGAGUCCACCAAGCUGAUCAUGCAGUACCUGGCCGCCGUCAAUAAGUCCCAGAGUAACCUUAUCACUGAGCAGAUCCUGGAGGCCUCCCCACUCCUGGAGUCCUUCGGCAAUGCCAAGACCAUUAAGAAUGACAACUCAUCCCGCUUUGGGAAGUACCUCGAGGUUUACUUCAAGGAUGGAGUGAUCACAGGAGCGAGGAUCACGGAGUACCUGCUGGAGAAAUCCCGCAUUGUGACUCAGGCGCAUGAAGAGAGGAACUACCAUGUCUUCUAUGAGCUGCUGGCCGGCUUACCUGAGGAGAGCAAGGCUAAGUAUGGCCUCACUUCCGCUGACAAGUACUUCUAUCUCAACCAGGGCGGGAGUUGUCAGCUGGAGGGGAAGUAUGAUGGGGAAGACCUGCAGGCCCUCCUCUCCGCCAUGCAGGUACUUGGCUUCUCUACUCAGGAACAGGACACCAUCUUCAGGAUCCUUGCUGCAGUCCUCCACCUGGGCAACGUCUAUUUCCACCGCAAGCAGCUGCGUCACGGGCAGGAAGGCGUAGAGAUCGGCAGUGAAGCGGAGAUUAAGUGGGCAUCUCACCUCCUUCAGAUAGACGAUGUGGGCAUCAAACGGGCUCUCACCACUAAAAUCACCGAGGCGCGGAACGAGAGGGUGUUCACGCCACUGAACAUCGACCAAGCCCUAGACGCCCGUGAUGCUGUGGCCAAGGCACUAUACUCAUCCCUCUUUUCGUGGCUGGUGCGUCGUAUCAACCAGAUCAUCCACAAGGGCUCCAGGAAGACACACAUCUCCAUCCUCGACAUCUUUGGCUUUGAGAUUUUCAAGGUGGGUCCUCGUGGCUGUGGUGAAAACAGCUUCGAGCAGCUGUGUAUCAACUACGCCAACGAGAAACUGCAGUUCCACUUCAACAAACAUAUCUUCAAGCUGGAGCAGCAGGAAUAUGCAAAGGAAAAAAUUGACUGGCAAAACAUUGAGUUCCAGGACAACCUGCCUUUGAUUGAGCUGGUGGCCCGCAAGCCUGUGGGGAUUCUUCACCUGCUGGAUGAUGAGAGUAACUUCCCCAAGGCCACUGAUCAUUCAUUCCUUGAAAAGUGUCACUACAACCAUGCCCUCAAUGAACUCUACUCUAGACCCAGAAUGUCAUCCAUGGAGUUUGGGAUCAAGCACUACGCAGGGCAGGUGUGGUACAGUGUAGAAGGCUUCCUCGAUAAAAACAGAGACACACUCAGGAAUGAUGUUGUCGAGCUCCUCAUCUCCUCCAAGUUGUCCAUGCUGUCAGAGAUGUUCUUGGAUGUGCGAUUGUCGUCGGAGAACAAGACACUCACGAAGGCUAAUGGCCGCUUUGUCACCAUGAAGCCCAGGACGCCCACUGUGGCUGCCCGCUUCAAUGACUCCCUGACCCACCUCAUGGAGGGCAUGGCCAAAUGUAAUCCAUGGUUCAUACGGUGUAUUAAGCCUAAUAAUGAGAAGGCACCGCUCAAGUUGGACAUGCCUUGUGUGCUGGAACAGCUGAGGUACUCAGGUAUGCUGGAGACCAUCAAGAUCCGCCAGCAGGGCUUCCCAGUGCGCUUACGCUUCAACCACUUUGCUGACCGGUACCGCUGUCUUGUCCCAGGACAGGUUCCCAGAGGAGCACCCUCCAAGGAGAUCUGCCGGGUGGUGUUGGACAGUGUGUCUCGGGGCACCCGUGGCGCCUUCCAGCUGGGCACCACCAAGAUCUUCCUGAGAGAGGCACUAGAGCAAAUUCUGGAACAGGAGCGCUAUAAGAGACUCUCUCACUCUGUAGUUACCCUCCAGCGACAUGUCCGUGGUUACCUGGCACGCAGGAGGUACCGGACACAGCAGCGCAGUGCAGUUUUAAUUCAGGCAGUGGUGCGCAUGUGGAGUACUCGUCGGCGGUACCGCAACCUGCGAUUGGCAGUUGUCAAGGCCCAGGCCUUGGCCAGAGGCAAGAGCACACGCAUACGCUUCGCCAGGCUCAAGGAGGAAAUGGCCCGACGGAAGAGGGCAGAGGAGUUGGCGAAACAGCGAGCAGAGAGGGAGGCCCUCCAGAAUCAGGCGGAGCAGGAGAGGGUCCAGCGCUCAGUGGCCGGCGUCAACCACCUGGAGAUACCGGCAGAGCUCGCCUUCAUUCUCUCCAAGGUCAACGACUGGCAGAAGCCCCAUGGAGAGAGGAACAUCGUGCGGGCCGGGGCGCCGGUCCGACCAGCCGCCAUACACUACAACCUGCCCCAUGACAUCGACUACCACCCCUACUCCAAGUUUACCAGCAUAUACUUCAAGUCACACAUCUGGGGGAUGAAACGGGAGCCCAUCAAGACUCCCUUCUUGUCCAAAUCGAGGGAUGCCGACUACAGCGACUCCCUUGCCGUGUUCAAGCUCAUCCUGCGGUUCAUGAACGACCACACACUCUCCGGUGUCAGGGAGACUGUCCUGGGCAACUACAUCGCUAAUAAGGGGCUAAUGAACGACAGGAUGCAGGACGAGAUUCUAUGUCAACUGUGUAACCAAACGUGGCGCAACGACAACACAGCUAACGCUGAGCGAGGCUGGGUGCUCCUGGCCAACUGUCUCUCUGUCUUUCCCCCAUCAUCCACACUCUACAAGUACAUCCUCAAACACGUGUCAGACCACGGACUCAAUGGGUACGCGGGACUGUGUCAGCGGAAGUUGCUGUCCUCUUACAAGAGAUCGUCUGGAGUGGCCCGCUCCUUCCCUCCCACAGACCUGGAAUGGCGAGCCAAUCGCAAGAGGGCGCGCAUGGCCCUGGAGGCGCGCUUCCCAGAUGGCAAUGUGGGCAUAGGUGAAGUAGACUCGUGGACCACAGCCGAGGAGUUUGCUUCAGGCCUGCUGGAGGAGAGAGGAGUCAUUGAAACAUCUGGCUGGACAGUCGCCAUCAUUGAGGACGACGCCAUCACAGAAACACCAGGCCUUGAGUAUGUCUUGGACCUUAUUGGAGAGAGAGAGUUACCACCAGCCUUCCCUAAGUGCAACUCCAGCCUCCUUCCCACAGGAGCACAACCAGAACGUCGAGUCUCAGCACCUGUCCUACUGCCGCAGCUGGUCGUGACGGAUGGCGAACCUAUUGAGGAGUCCCCAGUGGUGGCUCGCAGCCUAACAUUUCCCCUCGUGUUGCAGGACCCGGUCUCCGCCAGCCCUAACAAGAAAGUUGUCACGGGAGGCAUUGGAGGCACAUGA